CUCGAUUCCAUUCGCGCAAAGAGAGCACCAUUGCUCGAGGCUCCAUUGUCGGCAUUCCCACGCACACAUUCCCAGGGCCGCGAAAGCUCGCCUCGCAGUGUACGAGUGCUUACUCACCCCUCUUGUAGCGCCGGCGCGAAUACCGAAUGGAGGGUUUCGAGGCUUCUACAAACGAAUGCAGGGCAGCAUCGCCAUUACCGGGCUACAGGGCCCGUCGUGGAAGCGGAAGAAGAGAAUAUAUAAACAAAGAAUAGAGUAGAUCACAAAGGAGAUGGGCAUGGCCUUUCGGCCUCGCAGCUGAAGCGUCCCCUCUUGCCAGGUGUGCGCGGGAGAAUCAAGUCCAGCGGAUCAAAGAGGGAUGCGCAAGCGUCUAAGUCAAACUGCUCAUAUUGCUCGGACGGAAAGUACCCCUCGUACUUCUUGCCGUGCAUCGCAACUGCCUGAGGUUAGCGUUGACACUCCUGCCACUCAGAACUUUUCUGCCUUCGUCUAUUCUUAUGCAUUCCCCCCACUACAGUGGACAUUCUGCAACAUGGCAACAAAGGUCGGCUCAGACCCAGCUGAUGAUGCAAAGCCAGCACUGUCGGCACUCAGCGGCCCAGGUGCGAAGAGCGAACCCUCCGAGGAGCUACCAGCAGAGAAUCCGGAAGAGCUGCAGCCUGCCGAUGCGGAAACAGGGCAGCGACAAGUCGAAUCAUUGCGCAAUCAGCUCGAUCUUAGCCAUUAUGAGUACGAUACGCUCGCGGAGCAAUUCCAGCAGCUGGUCCGCAAGCACAGCGAUAUGCGGAAGUUGGCUGCAACCCUCCACGGUGUGAUUGAAGGGUCUCCGACAUACGAACGAGAGAGUGCAAACAUAAUCCAGCUGCAAGCGGAAGGUGGCCAACGCGGUCUGAGGGCUAAGGCGAGGGAGGCAAAACAUUGGUGGGGGCUUACACGGGUGAUGGGAGGCAUGCAGGCGUUGACUGACAAACUAUCGCUUGCAGACGCUGUGAAUCCGUUGGUCGAAAAGGCAGGAGGCCUACUGGCAUUGGAGUCUCUGGUAUCCGAGGCACGCUUUCUGAGGUUCGCGGCGGCAGAGUAUCAAGCUGUGAAGAAUGAAGUGGAGAAGCCAGAUGGGCUGAGGGAACAGGCUUCGAAGUACAAAGCUAUGAUACAAUUCUUCAUGGCCCUCGAAGAGGCACCUAGGGCUACGCUCAGCGGCCAGAACAGCACUUCCAUGGCACCGGUCACAAAACGGAGCAGGGAACAUGACUCUUUCGAGAACAUACCCAAGCGUAGGCGACAAAGAAGAGGCCGUUAUCGAGCGCGAACCGCUUUGUCAGACACAACAGCCUGCUCUUCCUCAGCGACUGUGGCGAGAUAUUCCAGUCCAGCUAGUGAAGCCGAUCACCAGAAAGCCAGACAAGCCAGCGAGGCUGCUCCAAAACCGGCUGAAGUCCAAGUCCCACCACCCACCCAGGCGCCGCUGUCGAGAAAGGACGACAUGUGCACACUCGCUAUGUUGCAUAGGAGUACUCCGGGAAUGGACGCGGACGCGUCGAUGGGCGGCCUCAAGGAUCGAUCUAUUCGAAAUUCGAGCCCCGAUCCUCGUGCUCUCUUCGUUUCGCAACCGCAAGGCUUGGGGAUUGGUGGACUCCCAAUGCGUUAUCCAGUCCUACUGGAAAUACCAGGAGCUACGAAGAAAAGGGCCAACAUGCCCAAGGACCUAGAGGACUUUCUGCUCGGUGAGCUUUACCGACAUAUUGAUGCCUCGAACUUCGCGCGAUGGUUUAGCAUGGGGCCAAGUCAAAACACUUGCAUCCUCACCGGGCUUCUCGACGAUGCAAAGUUUUCGACUUUCAAACGACAACGGAGAGCUUGUGAAGGAUGUUCCGGUGAAGGUUCUGAGCCUAAAGUGCCUUCACGACCUUGCGCACUGCUGGAAGAGCAAGACGGAGUUCUGUGCAUUGUGUUCUUGCCGCUACUCGAUGCCUGGAGGCAAUGCAUGAAGUGGAAGCAGAGCAGCUUCUGGGUCUUGAAGUGAAGGGUUCGAUUGGUCUGCGACUCGGAUAUCCUUCAAUGUCAGCAUCUUUCUGAGGGACGAAGGAAGAGAGAGCAUAUUUUCAUGUACAUGGGUGGACGAGUAUCGACUUUAUUAGCAUUUCCCCUCGUAGAAUCAAC